UCCUUAUUAUUUACAUCCGGUGGCAAGGAAGGCUGGUUCUGUUCAGAAGCGUGAUCGCCUCGGUUGUGAGGAGAGAUGGCGAAAGGGGAUAGCGUAUCAAUAGAGAGGGAUUCUGACGAUGGAGUACAACUCAAGAGGAGAAUCACCCUCUUCAAUGGUGUCGCUAUUAUUGUUGGUUCAAUCGUGGGGUCGGGAAUUUUCGUAACUCCAAAAGGUGUUUUGGAAAGCGCAGGGUCGGUAGGCUUGUCUUUGGUGGUAUGGACAGGGUGUGGCUUCCUGUCGUUAGUGGGAGCGGUGUGUUACGCUGAAUUGGGGACCACCAUCACACGAUCAGGUGGUGACUAUAUCUACAUCCUCGAGGCCUUUGGUCCAUGUAUGGCCUUCCUGCAGCUGUGGGGUAACUUGAUUAUAAUCCGUCCCACUGCUCAAGCUGUUGUCGCUCUUACAUUUGCUAACUACGUCCUUCAACCCAUUUUCCCUUACUGCGAGUCGCCAGUCAUAGCAAAGAAGCUGUUUGCUGCACUGUGCAUCAGUAUCUUGACCUUUGUGAACUUGAUCAGUGUGAGAGCAGCAACAAGAAUUCAAGAUCUCUUCACCAUCGCUAAAAUCCUGGCUCUCAUUAUCAUUACCAUCACUGGCUUCGUUCUGAUUGGACAAGGGGAAGUGGAAUAUUUUCAAAAUGCAUUUGAGAACACAAAUACAGAUGUUGGACAAAUAUCUCUGGCCUUCUAUUCUGGCUUGUUUGCUUAUGCUGGGUGGAACUUUUUGAACUUUGUUACAGAAGAAAUGAUUGAUCCUUUCAAGAACUUGCCACGAGCUAUCUACAUCUCCAUUCCAAUUGUUACUCUUGUUUACGUGUUUGCCAACGUUGCUUACUUAACCAUCAUCUCCCCAUCAGAAAUGCUGGCGUCAGAGGCUGUGGCAGUGACCUUUGGUGACAAGGUGUUUGGAGUUAUGAACUGGAUUGUACCCGUUUUUGUGUCCCUGUCCACAUUUGGAGGUGUCAAUGGCCUACUCUUCACAUCUGGAAGACUGUUUUUUGUUGGAGCCAGAGAAGGUCAUCUUCCAGAAUUUUUCUCCAUGAUUCACACAAAGAAAUACACUCCCCUUCCAGCCAUGUUGUUCACUGGAGGCAUGUCCUUGGUGUACCUGAUAUCUGAUGACAUUUUUAUUCUCAUCAACUACAUGAGUUUUGUCCAGUGGUGGUCAGUGGGGAUGUCCAUUCUGGCCCUUAUCUAUUUAAGGAUAACCAAGCCAGAGUUGGAGAGGCCUAUCAAAUUCCCACUGAUCAUCCCUAUCUUCUUCCUGUUGUGUGUGUUAUUUUUACUGGUCCUCCCACUGACAGUGGAACCAGAAUCUACGGGGAUGGCACUUUUCAUGAUCCUGGUUGGGCUACCAGUUUAUGUUAUAUUUGUAAAGUGGACAAAGAAACCCAAGUCCUGGAGAAAAUUCUUUGCCAAUCUGACCGUAUUGGGACAGAAGGUCUGCAGCGUUGUACCCGAGAAGGAGUCCUGAUUCUACACGGAAGAAAAGGAUUUUUGUGUUUAAAUGUGUUUGUGUGAGAGUGUGUGUGUCUGCUUGUAUGAUUUUACUGUAGUUGACACAUUUAUCAUUAUUUAUUGAUGAAAAGUCACCCAAGACUUACAUUUGAGAAAUCUUGUGUAUGUUUGCAAGUAGUGGUAGUUUGCAGGUGUAUUUUCUAGUGUAGUCAUGGCCUGUGAAACAGAAGAAUAGUUAUGUCACUUGACAUAUUUCUCCAUGUAUAGAUUAGUAGAUGAUGAUGUUCUUAGUUUUGUUCAUAUUUAACUGCUUUGAAGGGAAUACUCAUCAAAAUCAUGCUUUGGCUGGGUUCAAUAUUUUUUCAAUUUUUCUUUAUUCAGCCUUACCAUGUCAUUUGGAUAACAAAUGUUGCUUCUAAGUCCAUGCGUUUUUUCUGCUUUCAAUAUGUUGACAAUAUAAGAUAAUGUUUUUAAAACAUUUUGCAGAUACAGAAUUAUCAUGGUUGUGUACCGGUACUGUUAUAUGUAUAUUAUAAAGCAAACAUAAUAUUUAAAUUUAGGCCAUCUUUGAAAUUUGCCCUCUCCUGACUCAAGGUAAAAAUAUUUUUUAAGCAGGUAGGUGGGGAAUUUUUUUUUCCUAGAAAAUUUCAACAUACAGUAUUGACGAUGUGAGAAAAUUCAGGAAUGAAUAUUAUUGCUAACUGGAAGUAAAAAAAAAAAAGGUUUUGUGUUGCAUGGUUUUUAGACAGUAAGUCGUGAGAGGGCAAACAAACAUUUUUUUAAAGAUGGUAUUAUUAUAUGUAUAUGCACUGCACACUGUAAUAUUAAUAUUAUAAAUGAUUAGUCAUUUGCAUAAGGAUGUCAUUACAAAGACCCACAGUAAACCCCAACAGGGCAUUAUAAUUACCUCAUACAAUUAUAUGUACUUGAAUCCCAGUAGAACUAGUUGCCAGAAAGAUACAAACUUAGUCAUGUAUUAAUAAAAGUUUUCCAUAUAUUUAUUUUUCUAGCAGCUGUAUAUGCAAUUUAUUUGUAUUUUCAGUAUCAUGUCUCUGAUAUUUUAGAGAUUUUUAUAUACAGUCUUUAUUAGAAAUAUACACCAAUUUUACUGCCAUGAAUACUUGACAUAUAUUAGUAUAUAAUAGUUCUAAACUUACAGUUGUCCACAGAAUUUUUUUUUAACUGUACAACUGUAUAAGUUUUAGCAGAAUUGCCUGAAAAUUUGUACACAAGAGCAUGAACAAAAUAAAGUACUGUGACUACUUUGAAAUCAUUGUUUGAGGUGGACCAAUGUUUGUGGAUUUUGGGGGUUUUGUUAAAGUCCUUCAAACAACAACUUUUUCAGCAAAUCAAUUCAGUGAGUUGACUGUUUAUACAGAUUAGCAUUUAAUUUAACUUCAAUUUCUGGUAAACAUUGAUCAAAUCAAAUUAAAAUGAUUUCACAUUAUGUAAUGUUCAAUACAUUUGACUGACACAGUGCAGCUUUUAUAUUUAUUCCAUCAUUUCCAUGUGUUCAGAUUUUUUACAUUACCUCCCCUUUCAAAAGCCAUUCCUCUUUUCCAUGUUAUCAAGCCAUAGCAUGCAGAUAAUCCAUGUAUGAAUUUAUUUAGAAAGUAUUAGAAAAUGCAUUUCCUUUAAUCAAAUGAAUAUUAUUUUAUAAUAUGCUUAAAUUAUCAUGUUUUCAUGCACAACUGCAUUUUUUAAUAGAUAUGCAUUUUAAUGUCUUGCUAUUUAUGUUUUGAAUGAUUGGAUGGUGAUCUGUUGUUAUUUUGCUCUGAUUGAAUAUUAGCUGCAUUAAUUAGAUCAACUUGCUGAAAGUGAAACUGUCUUCCUCUCUUUUAAAUUUGUUAAGGUGAUGGACUUCAUUAUUUUUAGCAUUUUUCAUUAUGCAUUUAUUAGCUCUUUUAAUAUUUUAUUUAUAUAUAUGAUGUUCAGUAUUUUUUCAUACCACACUAUUUUUCCUAGCAAUUUCUGAUAUGUUUUUAAAAAAAACAAUAUGUUAAUUAUGUGUUCAUUUUUUUUUAUUAAAAAAAAUAAACAAAAACAAAAAAAACAAACAAACUCUGUACUAGAUCUCCUCUGUAUUUUGUUGAAACUUUGUCAUCCAGUGUCAGGGUAAUUUAUGUUGUGAACAAAUAUGGCGAACAGUUACAAACUGUUAUAAGGAAUGAAAAUCUCAAUAAAAUGUAAAAUUUUCA